GUCAACUCCUACACUUCUUGAACCCAACAAAAGAAACAGAAUGUCGGGCAUAAACAUACCCUCAGCCAAUGUAAUAUGGUGGGAUAAUAGUAAUGUCUACAUUCUCUGCCCUUAUUGCGAAGAAACCCAUCGACAUGGAUUCAACCCCAGCGAUUAUCAGGAUGGCCUUCGUGUGCCACAUUGUAACUCGGGUAAUUCAUACAGGCUUGAAUUUCCCAUCGAUCGGAAAUCUGGAACAGUCGCUUAUGAAAUCGAUAAACCAAACGCUCGUUUUAUCAAUAUUGGCAUGGCCCAGUAUCUAGAGGAAGAGUCUGAGGAUACCCUAUCAAAGACGUUUUCCUCGAAGGCAACCAUCUCAGAAAGUCCUCCAAAGGCAUCCGAAAUAGAAAUAUCUUUCGACGUUUCUAAGGAGAAGGUUGUCUACGAUUUGGGCCAUGGAAAGUCUUUCACGAAGAAGCGAAUAACAGAAGCAAUAUCUGAUUGCGUCACUGGCGAGAUCUACAAAGUGAAAAGUUACCUCGAUGAAUCCACCGACGCAUCGACUUUUCUUCAUGGGAGAGACUCAAAUGGUGAUACAUGUCUCAUCAUGGCUUCGAUGGAGAGAAGCCCACUCAUGGUGUCUCUACUUCUUUGUCGUGGGUCUGAUGUGAAUGCGAUAAAUAAGAAUGGACGAACUGCACUCAUGGAAGCGGCUCUCUGGGGUAGACUCGACAACGUGGAGCUGCUCCUACCCCGAGGCGCUGAUCAGUCCCUACGCGACAAUGAAAACAGAGAUGCAUCAGAUCUUGCUCAGCCAACGAGAAGGAAUGCAAAAGAACGAUACAGGAGGGCUGGUGGUAUUAUUGGGGAUACACAUAGUGAACUUGCUUACAAGGAGGAUACUUUCAAGAGAGACCAUGACCGGCGAAAUAUUUUGCGAAUACUCGGAGAUAAAUCGAGAACCACGGCAAGUCAUCAGUCUGCAUCAAAAGCACCAAACCCCAGUGGUUAUUCUUUCACAAGAGCCAGCCAAGCCAUGACUUUGCAUGCCCCCAUGGCAGAGUAUCCGAUAUCUCGAGAAUCCAAAACACUUGCAGUGUUGGUCAGGGGCAGUCGAUUCCCAAACAUAGCAGCCAUGAGCGGAUGGGCUCACCAGGAAUCUUCGAUACUACUGAGUGGCAAAGACUGGACGGACAAGGUGAUGCAAUUGGCAAAUAUAGUUGGCCAUCAACUGGCCCCCGACGCUGGAAGGGAUAAAACGUUGCCGGGGCAAUAUCAAGCAUCUCACGCUGAAAAACAACUGAUUGCCUACUUUGUGGAUCGACAUGUCUUUCUGCGGCAAUAUAGAGAUCUUGUAAGGUGUUUAGAGCGACAAAGCAUGGAUCUGGAGGAUCGUAUGCUCUCAUUAUAUUUCUCUCCCCCAGUUCGGCGACUAUUUGAUCUCCAGAGGAAAAAGGAAAACCUCAACUACGAGUUGCUUGACAAGGAUGACCAUAUUCCUGGAAAGGAAUAUGACAAAACGGCUGUCAACAAACUAAAGGAGGCUAUCAGAAGUGUUGAUCAACAACUGAUCGACCUCGAAGCACACCCUGAAGUGAAGAGAUUCGGAAAGCUAGGACAUCGGAUGCAAGCUCUUGAGAGAAAAAAAGAUUUAUUCCAACGACUCAAUGCCAUUUCAGCCUCAAAUGUUAUGCCACCGGCUACUUUGAAGGAUCCGGCGAUAUUGAUCGGCUCUAGUACCUUUGAGAUCUGCGAUGAUUGCAAUUUGUUCAAGGAAAAGGUGAACAGUUUUCUUGGCCUGUCAAUCGAAUGGCGUGAGUGUACAGAAAGGAACCUUCGAACUAUUUACUAGUUUAUUGUGAGACUAAAUAUAUAAUGUCAGCCAGAAUACCAAUUAGCCAAAAAAAGUACAAAGAC